GCUUUCAGCUCCUCCCUUCAUGUUUUCAGCAUGUUGAGACACAAUGACCUGAAAAUUACUUAAACACAGAUUUGGUGUGAAGACUCACAGUUGUUUUGGAGAGCUCUCUGACUAUGGCUUUAGUGGAAACGCUUCUCAUGCAUGUGUCCUCCACAGGAGCUUUGCUCGCUGCUGUGCUGUUGUUUUUGGUUGUUUAUCUCUUCUCCAACAGCUCCAGCUCUCCAGAAGAUCCUCCAGGACCCAAACCACUGCCACUGCUGGGGAACCUGCUCCUAUUAGACCUCAGACAACUUCAUGUGAGCCUCUGCAAAUUGUCCAAGAAAUACGGGUCAGUGUUCACAGUGCAUUUUGGACCCAAGAAGGUUGUGGUUUUGGCAGGAUACAAGACAGUUAAACAAGCACUUGUGAACCAGGCGGAGGAAUUCGGGGAAAGAGACAUUACCCCCAUAUUCCAGGAUUUCAAUCAUGGACUCGGAAUCGUCUUUGCUAAUGGCGACGGCUGGAAGGCGAUGAGAAGAUUCGCUCUUUCAGCUCUUCGAGACUUUGGAAUGGGCAAGAAGCUGAGCGAGGAGAAAAUAGUGGAUGAGACACGUUACCUGCGGGAGGUGUUUGAGAAGUUUCAAGGAAAACCAUUUGACACGACACAACCGGUGAAUUAUGCCGUCUCCAACAUUAUCUCAGCUAUUGUUUAUGGGAAACGAUUUGAAUAUGAGGACCCAAAGUUUCAGGAUAUGGUGGACAAGGCAAACAAGAACAUCCGCAUGCUUGGUUCUGCUGUGAUACAGAUUUACAACAUGUGUCCGUUUCUUGGUCCCUGGAUGAAGACGUGGAGACUGCUGAUGGAAAAUGUGGAAAGCUUCAGAAGAGAAAUAAAGGAGCUGGUGAACGUCUUACAGGAGACUUUGAAUCCGCUUGACAGCAGAGGAUUCAUCGACUCCUUCCUCAUUCACAAACAAAGCAUACAAGAAUCUGGAGAAAAAGAGUCACAUUUCCACGAGCAGAAUCUGCUCAUUACGGUGUCAAACCUCUUUUCUGCUGGUACAGACACGACUGGCACGACGCUGCGCUGGGGUCUGAUGCUCAUGGCCAAAUACCCUCAUAUACAAGAUCGGGUUCAGGAGGAGACUGACCAGGUACUUGCUGGCCGUGAACCUGUUUCAGAGGAUAGAAAGAACUUGCCAUAUACAAACGCUGUAAUCCAUGAAGUUCAGAGACUGGCUAAUAUUGUACCCAUGAAUCUCCCUCAUAUGACCAGCUGUGACGUUAUCUUCAAUGGAUACUUCAUCAAGAAGGGGACGUGUGUUCUACCGCUGCUGACGUCUGUGUUGAGGGAUGAGAAUGAGUGGAAGACACCAAACACCUUCAACCCUCAACACUUUCUAGAUGAGAAGGGUCAGCUGAAGAAACGAGACGCCUUCAUGCCCUUCUCUGCCGGCCGCAGGGCUUGUCUUGGAGAGAGUUUGGCCAGGAUGGAGCUCUUUCUGUUCUUCACCUCCCUCCUUCAGCAUUUCCGCUUCACUCCUCCUCCAGGAGUGUCUGAAGAUGAGCUGGAUCUCACACCAGUCGUGGGUCUGACUUUGAACCCUUCACCCCACAAACUGUGUGCAAUCAGUAGAGCCGAACGACAACUAAACUGAUCCAUCAAUCAACUGGGAAAAGUUCAGGUUUAAUAAAUAUUACUUAAGCUAUCCAAAAACCCAGUGCAAUUAUUCUAGUUUGUAUUUUUACAUGAACAAUGUACUUUUCUAGCUAUAGUGAGCUUAAAACCAUGCCAUAUAUAAAAUAAGAAGUGAAGUGUGUCUGAUUAAAGCACUUUUGUGAGUUACUGCACCAUUUUGGCAGCAAAAGCUUUUUAAUUGAUGUCAGUGUUUUCUGGCUAAGUACAAAUUAUUUUGUAAAA